AUGGGCAACUCACAAUCAAGCCCAACGAAGGAUGAGACGCGCCGUGCCAAUCGACUGUCGAAACCACUGACCAAGAAGCUCGCCACCCUAGGCUCUCCCCAACUACCUCGCCUGGAGAAGGACACCCCGGAGCUGGCCACUGGGUUGAUCGGCUGGCAGAACCCAUGGGUGGGAUACAGCCUCUCAACCGAUAUCAGGAGCAGCCAUCCGAAGGCGAGAGAGAUUCCUCCGACCUUGUUUGAAGCCGAGCCAGGUCCAUCGAACAAGAAGACGGCGGUUGAGUCCCCAGUUCAGUCUCCAGUGGAUCCGAAUUCAGAACCUAUUUCACCACUCUCAGGCUCUGUAUCCGCCAGCCGCUCUGUCCGGAGAGCAUCUUGUCAACCGGGAAUCUAUGGUAGUUCCUCGCAGCUUUCGCGCGUUCCGGAACAACCAAGGAGGGCCAACUCUACCCGGACUACUCUCUCCAGACACAACAGUGUGAUCUACGAGAAUACGAUUGAAGAUGCGACAUCAUCCAACACCCACUUCUUGGUGGGCAAUCAACGAUUUUCUCUGACUCGCCGGCGUUCUCUCCUAACUCGGCCCGGUGUUGCAACACGACGAUCGACGGGUGCCGUCCGACGUGUACCCUCACCAAUUGGAGAGCCCAGAGAUCCAGUCGAUGACCUGACAGAGUCCAAAGGCUUACAGUGGCCCUUGCCGCCUCGCCAGAGACCAGCGCUUACAGUGGAGCCCAUAGUCCGGCCAACCAGCCCGGCGGACAGUCGGUAUACGCAGCUGGGGGCACUGAAGUUAGGGUCUCUACGAGUCGUGAAUGGCGCUGCUUCCCCCUGCCCAAGCGAGCGCGCCCCUCUAGACCGGCCGCUUACGACGGGCCCUGGCUUGGGCCUGGACAAUGUCGACAGUAUGGGCCCGAGAGGAUCUACCCUCGUGAUCCCCGCAGUGCCCGACUUGAAGAAUUCCGAUGAUGUGCCCGGAAGUCCAUUCUCGUUUGAGAAGUCUCCCACCAUCACGGUCCCAUCGCGGACAAAGUCUAUUUUCCCUGAAGAGUCGGAAGAUGAGGGUAUCGCCAUGAGCGAUGAGGGUAACGGCCAGCUGGAUAAAGCCGCCGUGGAGGCCGAUCUAGAUCGAAGCACCUCUCGGUCGCUGAACAAGUCCGACAGCGGCUACAGCUCUGCAGCCUCCGUUCGCUCCUACCACCACAGCCGCACCCGUGCAUCCUUUGACUCCCAAAAUUCAGGGUUCUGCACCGCAGACAGCGCGAAGACCGUCUGGGUCACAAGUGAUCAGUCCUGCAGCCACCUGAACGACCACGUCCAGCGCCAUUUUAGUCUGCAAGAGGCCAAGGCAAAGCCGGGGAACUACUCGCGACUGCAUCCCAAUUUUGGCCGCUGGUAUGACUCGACCGGCCCGGCCACCCAGCAGCCCCUUGCUGGGCUUCGAGCUCGCCGAUCAACCCUCUGUGCUCCUCGAUACACCGAGUACCCGGCGCAGAAUAAGCCUGGUUCUGAGACCAAAGCUACUGCCCGCGAAGAAUCUGCAUUGGCCGUUCAGGAAGACCAGCCCGCGUCUCGGGGAUCAUUCUACGCUGACCGCUUCUCGACCGGCGCAUUCGAUGUCUCGCACAGCUCGAGCGCGUCGUCAACCCUAGAAACCGAUACACCGCCGAGCUACCAGCAGAUCGUGAUCACAGAUGUGCGGGCCCAGGUCUACCGAUCUGCCUCCGAGCGGUAUAUCAACUCAAAAUCUCAACACGGCCUAUUAACCCAUCGAUCUCGACCUCGAUCCCAAAGUCUCCUUGGCCGCCGGCUGUGGUGCCAGAAGCCUGGAAUUGGGAUCCCCCGGCUCCCCACAAUCUUGUCCCCCGAUCAUCCCCACGCUGGGGAAGAACAGGGCCUCGACUUCGCUGCCCCUGAACCACUCCGUGGCCGGCCUCGGAGCCGGAGUCAGGACUACCGCCGUCGCAAGCUGACCAAGACGCAUCCUCAACCGGAUGUUCAUAUGAUGACUUCUGCUUAUGCUCCUCAUUAA